AUUACAGACACUGAUUUCCGAACAGGUCUCUGCGCCUCCGUCCCGAGUAAAGCACUCUACUGCCUUUCUAGCUCCGGCAAAACAGCCGACUCUAUAGGCCGAGAGAGAUUAAAUCUGCCGUGGCUGCCGAAUUAGUCACGUUGGUGUUGCUGUUACAAUCCAAUCUAAGAUCAUUCUUUACCUCCUGGCGGCGGCCGGCGUCAUGUUCCUCCUUGGUGUAGUCGCUCUCGUGGUCCUUAAACUAAGUCUAAAAUCAUCACCCAAAGACCAAUUAGCCGUGGAAAAGAAGAGACAGAGGACGCGAACCAUUAUGCUUGGAUUUGUAUGGAUGUCGGCAGGGUUUGCUUUGGCAUCAGCGAUAUCGGUCAACCAGGUCACAAGCGCGAUGGACUUCGUCACCGAAAAUGAGUCCGUGUCAACGAUCCAUAUUACUGCUGGGAAGACGUUAAUCGGCCUCCAGUGGGCCACCUUCUCAAUAUCGGUGCUGUUCGCAGGGGGCAUAUUAGCUAUGAUCAAGAAAGAGGGCGGCGUAAUUCAGUCGGCCGGGUCGGCAAGGUCGGCCGGGUCGGCAGGAUCUGCACCUCCUCCUGCUGGGGGGUCUGGAAUGGCACCACCGCCACCACCUUUUUGAAAUGUGACGGGAUAGAGUGUCAGAUGAAGGUGUUUUCUAAGGAGAGUUCCCUCGACUGCUUUGUUUAGCUGGCUUUUAGAUGGUCGAAGGAGGUUGUUCUAUAACGAAGGGAGUUUCUUUGCAUGUUUUGAAUUGAUAGCGUCGAUAUGUUUUAUUUCUUUAUCCCUUUACCCGUUGGUUUGCGUCCUACGUUAUCGAUAAGGAUUUAACCAAUCAGAAG